CGUUUCUCAGCCAAUAAACGUGCGAGCUCGUGGAAGUGUCUAUGCUCAGUGUCACUAUCGUGCAAUGUCUAGUUUCAGAACAGCGAUGCUAAAGGAAAGUGGGCAGCUACGUCAAUCAACUUAAAACAUCUUCGUCUGCAAAAACAGAAGUAUUUUUUUAAGGAUUUGCCCCACAACGUCUCCACCGUGUUUUUAACAAUGACAUCUUCGACAACGUAACACAGAGGAACGGAUCAUCAAGAGCUGUAAAGACUCAGUUGAAUGGGGAGUUCAACGAAUUGAAGUCUAUGACGAUGUUGUCAUAUCCAUAAAUGCCAUUGUAUCUACAAAGACGCAGCCCAAGAUUUCUCUUCGCAUCCGAAAAACUGUUGGACGUAUCAAGAGCUUCCUCCGAAAUCCAAGACACAACUCAUUGAAGAAUACUUGUUCAAAGGUUUUAUUGUUUAUUGUUCACUGCUUAUCCCUAACAAAGGUUAUCAUUUAUCAAAUUUGCUAACACACAGCUGGGAAAACGAAACAAAAUGGGAGACACCCAACACAGCUUCCACAUCGUCGACUACGUGGUGUUCGGCGCCACCAUUCUCAUCUCACUGGGCAUAGGACUUUACUUUGCUCUGUCUGGUGGACGUCAGCGAACAACAUCCGAGUUUCUGGUCGGUGGACGGGCAAUGAAGUUUCUCCCCGUCGCUGUGUCGCUCAUGGUGUCGUUUGAGUCGUCCAUCAUGAUGCUGGGCACUCCGGCUGAAGUGUACGUGUACGGGGCACAAGUCUGGAUAGCACUGUUUGGAUUCUUGGCAUCGUUUCUGAUAUGCAGGGUGUUGAUGAUACCACUGAUUCAUCCCCUGAAAAUCACAAGCGCUUACGAGUAUCUCGAUGGAAGGUUCAAAUCUCGUUAUGUACGUCACGUUGGAACGACCCUUGGUAUCCUCACAUACGUAUUCUAUAUGGGUAUUGUGUUAUUUGGACCAGCUAUAGCACUGGAAGCAGUGACGGGAUUUCCCCAGUCCGGCUCCAUCUUCCUGGUUGCAGCUGCAGCUAUAAUGUACACUGCAAUGGGCGGACUGAAGGCGGUCAUCUGGACUGAUGUCUUCCAGGCUUUAGUGAUGUUUGCGGGCAUGUUUGCAAUCAUCAUCAAGGGCACUAUGGACGCAGGUGGAAUUAAAACUGUCUGGACCACUGCGGCUAAGGGUGGACGCCUGAAUUUUUUCAAUUUUGACAUGGACCCGACUGUCCGUCACACGUUUUGGGGGCUGUUUCUGGGGACAUUCGCCCGAUCAUCCGGCCUAAUCUUCAACCAGUCCACUAUACAGAGGGUCUGCUCUACGCCAACACUCGCUGAAGCCAAGAAGGUAAUGUUAAUAGUGAGCCCUGCCUUCUGGAUAACUAUUACACUUGCCAUGAUUGAGGGCAUCGUCGCAUACGCCUACUACGUGAACGUCAGCUGUGACCCUUUGGAGUCGGGGCAAAUACACAACCCGAACCAGAUCAUACCAUUUAUGGUAAUGGAUAUAUUCCAGGGAUUGCCUGGAAUGCCGGGACUAUUCCUGGCGGCCUUGUUCAGUGCGUCUUUAAGCACAAUUUCAUCUGGACUCUCCAGUCUGUCAGCGAUGACGUGGGAGGACAUUCUCAAGCCUCGCUUUCCAAAUAUUUCCGAACUCACAGCAACGGUGAUAGCUAAAGUAUCAGUGGUUUUGUUCGGAAUCCUGUCCUGUGGAGUCGCUCUCCUUAUUUCCCUCAUUGGAGGAACACUCACGCAGAUUACUACGACUAUUCUAUCCGCCUUCAACGGUCCUCUGUGUGGCCUGUUUAUCCUUGCAUCCCUCUGUCCCUGGGCUAACGCUAAAGGAGCGGUAAUCUCCACUGUGGUAAGCACUGUAGUUAUGAUGUGGCUGUGCGCUGGCUCCACGUUCUCCGGAGCCACGAGACCGACUCCUUGGCUGACCCCAGCCCCGACCGAUCAGUGCUCUGUGGAUAAUAUGACGUCACUGAUCAUGAAUACAACAGGACUCAUGACGUCAACAGCAGGACCGUAUGACGUAACAACCGUUGCAGAUGUCGUCGAACCGGUCACGGGUUUCAAUGUCAUCUACACUCUGUCGUACACCUGGCUCGGCGCUCUCGGCAUCGCAAUCGUGCUGAUCGUUGGUUUUCUCGUUAGCUGGGCGACAGGAUUCAACAAGGAUGAGGACCUCGAUCCUCGCUAUGUCAUAUUUCUAUCCGAAGUCGUCAGAAAUAUAUUAAACUGCAGGAAAAACAUGAAGACAGACGAGAAGUCUGUAAGACAGGGCAGUAUAAACAAUACCGAGAUUGAUAUAGAACCCGGACUGACGACCGAGACAGAGCUACCACUUCUCGCUGAUACAGAAAAGGACAAACCGGUUUCCCAUCUUCCUUCUCACAUCAAGGACGAGAAGGACGGACACACAAUGGGCGCCAGCAGGUACAGCUUCCACAUCGUCGACUACGUGGUGUUCGGCGCCACCAUCUUCGUCUCACUGGGCAUAGGACUUUACUUUGCUCUGUCUGGUGGACGACAGCGAACAACAUCCGAGUUUCUGGUCGGUGGACGUGCCAUGAAGUUCAUCCCUGUUGCCUUAUCACUCAUGGUGUCGUUUGAGUCGUCCAUCAUGAUGCUGGGCCUCCCUGCAGAGGUGUACGUGUACGGGGCUCAGAUCUGGAUCGGCAUGUGCGGAUGGUUUACAGUACUUCUUCUCACCAACAGGGUACUUGUGCCAAUGAUACACCCACUGAAAGUCACCAGUGCUUAUGAGUACCUUGAUGGGCGUUUCAAGUCCCGCUCUAUUCGCCUGAUUGGGACGUCACUAGGAAUAUUACACUACAUAUUCUACAUGGGCGUUGUGUUGUUUGGGCCAGCUAUAGCACUCGAAGCAGUGACUGGAUUUCCUUUGCUUUGGUCCAUCAUCCUGGUUGCAGCUGCCGCAAUAAUGUACACGUCAAUGGGUGGCCUGAAAGCUGUUAUUUGGACUGACGUCUUCCAGUGCGUCAUUAUGUUCUCUGGCAUGUUUGCUGUUCUCAUCAAGGGAACUAUCGAUGUUGGAGGAGUGGGAGCCGUGUGGACCACAGCCUACGAGGGAGGGAGACUCAACCUAUUCAACUUUGACCCGAACCCCACUGUCCGGCAUACAUUCUGGGGAUUGUACCUUGGUACUUUCCUCAAGGCAUCGGGAAUAGCGUUCAACCAGUCAACGAUACAGAGAGUGUGUUCCACGCCUACACUGAAAGAAGCUAAGAAAGUUGUGUUUGUGAUGGCUCCUGGGUUCUGGUUGACCAUCACACUGGCCAUUGUGGAGGGCAUCGUGGCCUACGCCUACUACACCCAUGUCAGAUGUGACCCUCUUCUCUCAGGUCAAAUCACCAACCCAAAUCAGGUUAUUCCAUUGCUCGUCAUGGACAUCUUCAAGGGGAUACCCGGAAUGCCGGGACUGUUUCUGGCAGCUCUCUUCAGUGCGUCACUCAGCACUGUGUCCUCUGGACUGUCCAGCCUGUCGGCCUUGACCUGGGAGGACAUCCUCAAGCCUCACAUGCCCAACAUAUCCGAGUUCAAGGCCACGGUCAUAGCCAAAGUUUCAGUGGUAAUUUACGGCAUUCUGUCUGUCGGUGUGGCGAUCUUAACCACGAUAAUCGGCGGAACUCUUGUCGAGAUAAGCGGUAGUGUUCUGGCCACGUUCACUGGUCCAUUGACUGGGCUGUUCCUCACAGCGUUCUUCUGUCCCUGGGCGAACGCCAAGGGGUGUUUUGUGGGAACAAUUGUCGGAGCCAUAGUUCUUAUGUGGGUCAGCAUGGGAUCCACGUUUUCUGAUGUGAAAAUACGGACACCAUGGCUUCCUCCUGCUACAUCGGACAUGUGCUUUGCUGAAAACAUGACGUCAUCAGCAUAUAAUACCUCACUUUUGACGUCAGCGAAAUCUAUGUACACCGUUGGGGAACCUCACCGAGAACUAAUGUGGUUCGAACACAUCUACCAACUCUCAUACACGUGGUUCAGUGCUCUUGGUGCUGGCGUCGCCUUCGUCACAAGUUUUCUAGUCAGCUGGAUGACAGGGUUUAACCGCAACAACGAUGUAGAUCCCCGAUACUUGGUGUCUUUUACUGACGCGCUGUGUUGCUGUAUUCCCCGUUGCUGGCAGAGCAAGGCGGUAAACAAGGAUGAGACGAAGCAGCCUGUCGACAAUACAACAGAUGGACGACCUGGGGGGACUGACAUGCUCUAUUUGUUAAAGAAGUCAGAACGAGAAGACGAGGCUCAUCUUCCACAAAAGACUGAAGAAGAAACACCGUUUACAUCCUGAGUUCAACUUGUAAUUCAAUUAAAUGUUGUUAUUCAACUA